CCGCUGCCUGGGAGUUUGAAAGCGGCACAGCAGGGCGGGGACAGGUGCGGGGAGCGGUGACCAGUGUGGGGUGCAGUGUGAGGACCGGUGACCGUGCGGGGAGCGGUGCGAGCACUGGUGACCGGUGUGAGGAGCGGCACGAGGACCGGUGACCCGUAUGGGGAGCGGUGCGGGGACCCGUGACUGGUGACUGGUGCGGGGAGAGGUGCGAAGACCGGUGACUGGUGCGGGGAGCGGUGCGAGGACUGGUGACCGGAGCGGGGAGCGGUGCGAAGAACAGUGACCGGUGCGGGGAGCGGUGUAAGCACGGGUGAUCGGGGCGGGGGCGGGACGAGGACCGGCCACCGGUGUGAGGAGCGGCGCCAGGACCGAUGAACUGGGCAAGGACCGGCUCCGGGACCAGAGCGGAGUCCGGAAGGGGCGCGGGGCCCGCUGAGAGGUCCGGUGCGGGGUCCCGGGAGAUGGCGGACCUGGUGGUGUGCACUUUCCUGACGAAGCUGCUGUGCGAGCACGGCGGCCGCAUGCCCCGGCAGGACCUGCCUCGCCACAUCGCGCUCCCCGACCCGCAGCUGGACCAGGUGCUGCGGGAGGCCGGGCCGGACCGCUUCGUGCUGGCCGGAGACGGGCCCGGGGGCGUCGAGGUGGUGGCCGUGUCCGCCGUCCGUCUCUGCCCACGCUACGUGCGCGGGGAGUGCCUGCGCUGCGACCGGCUGCACCUGUGCAAACACUACAUCCUGGGAAAGUGUGGCCCUAGGCCUCGCCGGGCCCAGUGCGAAUUCUCCCACGACAUCCACACAGGGGACAAUCAGGCUGUGCUGAAAGCCCACAACCUCAACGGCCUCAACCAGGAGCAGCUCCGGAUCUUGCUGCUCCAGAAUGACCCCUUCCUCUUGCCCGAGGUCUGCGUCUACUACAACAAGGGGGAGGGGCCCCACGGCUCCUGCAAACUCCAAGGAAGCUGCCCCCGGCUACACGUGUGCCGCCAUUUCAUCCAGGGGGAGUGCCGGUACAACAAAUGCAAAUAUUCUCAUGGGCUGGUGGGCCCGACCACGCAGCGGAUUCUGCAGACCCACGGGCUGAGCCCCUCGACUGCCCUGAACAUCCAGGCCAUCCGCGAGCACCAGACGGCCGAGCUGUUCCGGGAGUUCUUGGAGAAGAGAGGUCGAAGCCCUGAUUCUGGGGUGAAACCUCCCAGGGACAAGGAAAAGAGAAAGAGCGAUGAAAUCUGCCUCUACUACAUCUGGAGAUUCUGCAAACACAAGAGCUCCUGCAAAAACGUCCACUACCACCUGCCCUACCUCUGGCAGAUGAAAGAUGGGGACCUCUGGAAAGACAUUCCCAAGAUGGAGGAGAUCGAAAAGGCCUUCUGUGACCCUAAAAACUCUAGUUUUGGAAGCCCGAACACUGACUUCCAAAAGAUGACGUGUGCGUCGGCACCGGUCAGACGCCUGUCCACCCCAUCAUCCGUCCAGAACCCCUGCUUCUCUCUGACGACGAAGUGGCAUUGGUAUUGGAUGAACGAUCGUGGCCAGUGGAUUGAAUACGGGAAAGAAGGGUUGAAUCAACACCCGGCCUCGUUGACCUCCGUGGACCUAGAGACGGUGUUCCAGGCUAAUCCGAAAGACACGAUGUAUUUCCAGGCUGGUUCUCAGAAGUACACAAUUGGCUUUGAAGAGAUGGUCCAGAGAAACCUGGUCUCCCAGACCAAACGAAAAGUACGGCGGCGGCCGGAAUUCGUGUCCUCCACAGAUGUGGACAGCAUAAAGAGAGCGUCCUCGGGCUCGUCUAAGCCGAGCAUUUUGGCAGGCACCUUCCCGGACACCUGGGACAAGACGGCCGUGCCGGACGUGGGCUUCAAGUUGGUGGACCUGGCUCCCAGCACCCCAGAGCACCAGGAGGUGGUGAAGCAGUUUCAAGAGACCAUGAGCGACUUCUCCGUCCGCAGGGUGCGGAGGGUUCAGAACCUCACCCUCUGGCAAGUCUUCCAGUGGCAGAAGACGCAGAUGAGGAAGGUGAACGGAGGCAAUGAGGUUGCGGAGAAGCUUCUGUUCCACGGCACGAACCCCGCCCAUCAGGAUGCCAUCUGCCAGCACAACUUCGACUGGCGGAUCUGCGGGACCCACGGCACCCUCUUCGGGAAAGGCAGCUACUUUGCCCAAGAUGCCAGCUACUCCCACAAGUAUUCCCAGUUGGGCGUCAGCGGCAAACAAGUCAAGGUCAUGUUCCUGGCCCGCGUCCUGGUCGGGGAUUUCACGCCUGGAAACCCCACCCUCCUCCGCCCGCCCCCGCUGGAGCGGCACCCCGGCCGCUUCUACGACAGUUGCGUGGACCGCGCUUCCAACCCCUCCAUCUUCGUCAUCUUCGAAAAGCACCAGAUCUACCCGGAGUACAUCAUCGAGUACGCCGACGCCAAUAAGUGUAAUCUCCAGCUAGCAAAAUUGCUUCUGGGCCCCUCCCCCCUCCCGCACUGCCGGCUUCGGUUUCAUUUUCCCGGGUCCCGGGCGGCGGGGGGAGUCCCGUGGGGUCCGGGGAUGGCGCGGCGGGUCCCGGUCCCGGUCCCGGUCCCGGAGGCGGGACGGGUGAGCGCGGCCAGGCUGUGCCUGUCUUGGGGCGGCCCCGCUCCGGGCUGUGCCGGACGCUGCGGCCAACUGCACCUCUGCCGUUAUUUCCUCUUCGGGACCUGCCGCCAGGCCAAGGCCGGGAAAGCGUGUAAAUUCGGCCACAGCUUCCGGUCGGCCCAUAAUGCGACGGUGCUGCUGCACCACAGGAUCCAGAACCUGAGUGACAUCCAGCUGCGCCUGCUGCUGCUGCAGAACGACCCCUCGCUGCUGCCCGAGGUGUGCCUGCAUUAUAACAAAGGAGACGGGCCCCACGGCGCCUGCACUUUUAAGAAGACCUGCGGGAAACUCCACGUCUGCCAGUUCUACCUACGGGGCACCUGCCGAUUUGGCCAGGGCUGCAAGCGAUCCCACGACCUGCUCAGCUCCGAGAACCUGGAGAAGCUGGAGAAGUGGGGGAUGAGCGCCGACCUCACGGACGCGCUCCCGGCCAUCUACCGAAACGCCUACGCCAUCCAGCUCCGGGGCCAGUCGCCCAGCUCCGGCCCGGACCGGCCGAGUGACCGAUCGAUGGGAUCUGGAGUCCGUCUAGACCAGACAAAAGGGAGCGCGGACCAAACCAGCCCCUCUAAGCCCACCAGCCAGGAGGAAACCGAUCAGAUCUGCCUCUACCACAUUCGGAAAAGCUGCAGCUUCCAAGACAAGUGUUUCCGGGUUCAUUUUCACCUGCCCUAUCGCUGGCAGUUCCAGGACGGAACCACGUGGAAGGAUUUUGAGACUAUGGAGGCCAUCGAAAAAGCCUACUGUGACCCUGGAAAGAACAGGUUGCUGGUCAGCGGGCCGGUGGGCCGGGUGGCCUCUCUGAACUUUGAGGACAUGAGCUGGGACUCCACCCGGGCCCGGCGCCUCUCCACGACCUCAUCGCUCACCAAGCCGCCUCACUUCAUCCUCACCACCGACUGGCUCUGGUUCUGGGAGGACGAGCUGGGCCAGUGGCGAGAGUACGGCAUGGAGGGCCCGAAGCGCUCCACCGCUUCCAUCUCCAGCCAGGAUCUAGAGAAGGCCUACCUGGACGGAACGGCCCCCACGCUGCAGUUCAAAGCCGGGAAUCACACGUACGAGUUCGACUUCAAAGCCAUGGUUCAGAAGAACCUGUACUACGGCACCAAGCGGAAGGUGUGUCGGAGGCCCAGAUUCAUCUCAGAAGGAGACGUGGUGAAAAAGCAGAAGAGCGACCCUCGGGGUCAGCGUCCUCAGAACAUCCCAGCCCACUGGGACAGGUCUGCCCUGCCCGACCCAGGCUACAAGCUGAUUCCCCUGGAUGCGUCCUCUGAGGAGUACCAGAAGGUCCAGGGGCUCUUCCAGCGUACCGUGCCCAAGCUCUAUAUCUGGAGCAUCCAGAGAAUCCAGAAUGUGGCCCUGUGGCAGGUCUUUCAGUGGCAGAAGGAGCAGAUGAGGAAGAGCAACGGCGGGCAGGAGGUGGAUGAGCGGCAGCUGUUUCACGGGACCAGCCAGAAGCACGUCGAUGCCAUCUGCGAACAGAACUUCGACUGGAGGAUCUGUGGACUGCACGGCACUGCCUACGGCAGAGGGAGUUACUUUGCCAGGGACGCGUCCUACUCCCACCAUUACAGCAGCCUGGAGCUGAACUCCCAGAUCAUGUUCCUGGCCCGCGUUCUGGUGGGCGAGUUCACCCAGGGGAGCGCUUCUUACCUCCGCCCUCCACCCCGGCCCGGGACCUCCGGUGGCUUCUUCCACAGCUGCGUGGACAGACCCGCCAGCCCGUCCAUCUUCGUCGUCUUCGAGAAGCACCAGGUCUACCCGGAAUACCUGAUCCAGUACUCGGGCUCCCCUCGCUCUCCGGCCUCCACCUAACCCCGCCCUGCGCCCGACCUGUGACCCCCAGAGGGAUGGGCCCACCCGGCCGCCACCCCCCACCCUUGGGCCGAGGCAGGGCGGUGUGGGAGGAGCCAUCCCCGCCGUCAUCUGUGGUGCUCGUUAAAUCGAUCGGGGGCCUUUAUCGAGCGCUGUGCGCACAGCACCGUCCCGAACGCUUGGAAGAGUAUGUAUGCCGCAAGAGUUGGUAAUAAUAAUAAUAACGUUGGCAUUUGUU